ACAGGUCCGUGUUCAAGAUCAAAGCCAGCGUCAAAGCAUAUGAUCAAAGCCUUGUCAAAGCGGCGUGAAUGCUUUUCCUAAGUGAAUACACCGGCGUCUGUAUCGGUCGAACUUACCACUAAAAAUCGACGAUGAACUCUAUGACAACUCUGAAGAUGAAACUCAAGGAACUUGAAGAGAUCGAGAAGGAGGUUGCUACGGCCUUGCAGAGCGCAGGUCAGGCGUGCUUGGAGCUUAGUCGGGAAAAACCGAGCAUGAAGCAAGUGGAAUCGAAUACGUCGAGCUUCCUGACUACAUUGCAGAAUGUCGAAGCUGCUCUGACAAAACAUAUACUUUACCUUACGCAAGUUUCCACUGUGCAGCCACAUGAAGGCUCAAGCUAUGCAGCACAGAAAGUAUUUCACAUGGCUCUUCAUCGACUUGAGCAUGCCCGUUCACGCAUGAACGAACUAGAACGCCUGCGCCACCAGCAACAGCAGGACCAGCCACAACAGCAGCCUCCGAUUCAACAACAAAUGCAACAGCCUCAACAAGAGCAAGAUUCCUGAAAACUAGGCGGAAGUGCGUGCAUAUGUGCCUUGUGGUGGUGCUGGCUUUCCUUCAUUGUGAAGAGGUUGUGUUUAUGUGCAUGAAGCUUCAGCAGAAGUGAUCUAUGUUGUGCACAUGGGGUAGUGCGGAAAGUAGCAUUCUACAAUUAGGAUUUGUACAUAUGGAGAAACGAACACUCGUGCUUUGCAGGCCACCUAGUUGAUAUUUAAGCCUCACUUGUAUACAGCAUUCAGGUCAUCAUGCUCCUUUUUGAAGCUUAAUAUGUGUUUUUGUGAGGGCUCUUCAGCCCUCAUUUAUUUAAGCUUUUAUUUAACCAAACAAUACAAGAAGUUGCAUGACACGAAUAACCAUGUUAAUUUAGCACUCACGAUAAGACGCUGUCCAAAGCUUGUUUCAUUAUACUUCACAGCCUAUUUGAAAGAAGUGAAAGAAACGCAAUUAACUGAGGGAAGUUUCUGCUGCACACAGCCAGAUUGGAAGAAGUUCUUUAAUGUACAGUAUGAAAGCACACUAAGAUGUACAGAAAGUUGCGUAGAACUGCUUUUAUUGUCAUUAAUUACCCGCUGUGCCAAAGUCUUGAAGAUGAUCAAAAUAAAAACAUUCAGUGUCUUUAAA